UUUGCGGACUCACAUACUAACAUAUGCUUACGCCUUAGUUCUUAUGACUGUCCGCUGCUCAUAACGAUCGAAAUGUUAUAAAAUGGCGGGCAGUUCAACACGAGAGGUGAUAACUCUUCAAUUCGGUCAUUACUCCAACUAUGUCGGUACUCACUGGUGGAAUAUUCAAGAAUCUAGCUUUUGCUAUGACCCUAGUACUUCAGUUCAACAAGAAAUCAACCACGAUGUGUCAUUCAGGGAGGGUUUAACUUUGCACGGCGACCAAACAUACACUCCAAGGUUGUUAGUGUUCGAUUUGAAAGGUAGUCUGAAAAAUCUACCGAAAUAUGGAACUUUGUAUCAGACUCCAUCUUACACCCACGAAGCCUCAUGGGCAGGAGCAGUUUCUGUGCACGAAUCAGAACCAGAACCUAAAAAUGAAUUUCAAAUGGACUUGGAGACUGAAGACGAUCGCGAAACAGAAGUUACUGUUGACAAUAGAACGCUUGAUCAGGAUUCUGUCAAUAAAAACCCACGAGAAAAGUAUUAUGACCUAGAUAAAGAUGUCUCCGUGUGGUCAGAUUUCUUAGGAACCUGCUUACACCCCAAAUCAAUUCAGCUAGUGCGGGAUUACCUACAUGGUGUGAGUUCUAGUCCCUUCGAUGUGUUUGGAUACGGACAAUCUGUAGCAAAAAAUGAACACUUUUAUGAGGAGUUUGAAAAUAAUCUUCAUUUCUUUGUUGAGGAAUGUGACAGUCUACAGGGAUUCCAGAUAUUUGCUGAUGUAUAUAAUGGUUUUGGUGGCAUAAGCAGCCAGCUGCUUGAAGACCUGAGAGAUGAGUAUGGGACUAAGUCAUUUCUUUCAUUUGGAGUUAUGCCAGCUGAAUUUACAGAUGAAAGUCAUAAAGAUGCUGCCCAUAGAAUCCUGAAUUCAGCUUUGAGUUUUGGUCAGUUGGCACAAAACAGUGAUCUAUUUAUACCCAUGUCACUUAUGCAAGAGAUGUGGCCACACUCAGGACAAGCCAGAGAUUUUCCUCAUUUAGAUUACAAGCCUGCUUUGUCAUACCACACCAGUGCAGUGUUGGGAGUGUGUGUGGACACAAUCACCAUGCCUUACCGUCUCCUCACUCCCAAGGCAGUUAACAUGAACAGCUUUGUAAACAGUGUGGGAUUCGGGGAGAGAAAGAUUGCCAGCCUCUCAUCAACGUUCCCUCUGCCCGUAGAAGAUACUGUUCCCCUAACAUCCCUUCUGGGCUCUCGACUGAAUGGAAAUGGAACAGAACUUUUACAGUCAAUAACUCCUGGCAUUGCACAUUCUUCCUCGCUUAUAUCUCAGUCUGCAGUGAUAAGGGGCAUCCCUGCUUCUCUUACCCAUACACCUCAGCGAAACAUCCAGUCCCAGAAUUCUGUGUUGCACGAGAACCCAUUUGAAGUUUGCUCAACUGCUAAUGAAAUAGUUCAAACAUUUUUGCAAACUUUACAUCCUCAGACUCAACCUGUGUGUUGGAAUGUCAGUCAAGCUUGUAUGGUCAAGCCUCCUUUUCCAAAUAUUUUUGGCUCUAGAGUAACUCAUGACGGACUUGUUGUUGAUGGAUAUGCAAGGCCAGAGAGUGUACGAGUGAAUCAGACUAGUGUUCUUAGUCGCCUCGAGACAAAUUCUGGAAUCGCCAGUAUGCUUCUAUCGUUGAUUCAGUGGGCAAAAAGAGUAAAUAUCAGCAAACAUCAUCUGUUUUUGGAAUCAGGUACUGAAGAAGAAACAUUUAAAGAAAUGCUUGAAGAACUGACUAGUUUGUCUCAACGUUACGUAACCCGUGAUACUGUAAAAUGGAGUGAAAUUUAAAGAACACUUUCACGUCGUUGUAUUAACCCACGAAAAUUUCGCCUUAAAAUCCUAAGACAAUCUUUCCCUUUCUGGGUGAAAUACAAAAUUAAAAGAAAACCGUCAUAAUGAGUGCUAGAAUUAAUAUAUCUUUAAAUUGAAAAAAGUGCUGAAAUUUAUAUAUGUUAAGAGUAAUAAAAAAGAGUUUU